CCACACCAUCCCGUGACACCCGUCUAUUUAAUGACCACUGGCCUCAACGGAAUCCUCAUCGUAUUUGGCCGACACUCCGACACUCUCAUAGACGCGAAGAGGUAGUGGUGGUGGAGAUGGGAGAAGGAGCGGCGCUGCUACCCAAACUAGAGGUCGAGGGGAUCGUCUUCCCUCCAGUCGUCAGUCCCCCCGGUUCCUCCAAGACUCUCUUCCUCGGCGGGGCAGGUUGCAGAGGUUUAGAGAUCGGGGGCCGGUUCAUAACGUUCACGGCCAUCGGCAUCUAUCUGGAGGACGAGGCGCUCCGAUCGCUCUCGGGGAAGUGGAAAGGGAAGACCACCGAUGAGCUCGCCGCCUCGCUCGAGUUCUUCCGCGAUAUCUUCACCGGUUCCUUCGAGAAGUUCACCAGAGUGACCAUGGUCCUGCCGCUGACCGGACAGCAAUACUCGGAGAAGGUGGCCGAGAACUGCGUCGCUGCAUGGAAGGCUGCCGGUAUCUACACCGAAGCAGAAGGCAUGGCUAUCGACAAGUUCAAAGAGGCCUUCAAGGCCGAGAACUUCGCUCCUGGUUCCUCCAUCCUCUUCACUCACCCCCCUUCCGGCGCUCUCACCAUUGCAUUUUCGGAGGAUGGUUCGGUGCCUGAAGCUGGGCGUGUGGUUAUAGAUAACAAAACUCUGUGUGAAGCAGUGCUGGAGUCUAUAAUAGGAGAGCAUGGGGUCUCCCCUGCAGCAAAGAGGAGUUUGGCACUGCGAGUGUCUGAACUCUUGAAGGAAUCCCAGGAUGUGGAGGAGAAGGUGGGGAAUCCGGUGAUUGUGAGCGCGUGAUUCCGAUAUAAUGUAAUAAGAGGUACUUGUCGUAGUUGUAUCGUGUGAGAUACUGUGGGCCACCACCGUGAAAUCGAUCGAGUGUUUCCUUCCUAUGCAUCCAUGAGCUUGCCAUCUUGUUUUUUAUGUGGAACUCCAAUCUUGGAAUAAACACUAGCAGUUUAUCUAAUAAUAAGAGUUUUUGCAA